AUGAUAAAAUCACUAAAACUAGGAUGGGCCCUAUACUUGGUAAUAUCGUUAGCUAAUAUCCUUGGGUUUGUAAUAUUCCUAAAAGGCUUUUUUCCGACAAAGAAGGUACUACCAGGGUUUGGCACCUUUUAUGAAACAGAAGAAGCAAACUCAACCUCGGCGCUUGAUCCUGCUGCUUCGGUUUCUGCUGCCUCUCCUUUCUUGGAUGAAAACGGUUUGCCAAAGUACAACAAAUUCAUUUUAAUGGUUGUCGAUGCCAUGAGAUCGGAUUUUUGUUUUGGCAAGGAUUCCGAAUUUACUUUUUUGCAAAGCUUGAUUUAUCAGGGUAAUGCAAUACCUUUUACUGCUUAUUCAAACCCCCCGACAGUGACCCUACCCAGACUCAAAGGUAUUACAACUGGCGGAACACCAAGCUUUUUGGAUGCAAUUUUGAAUGUUGCUGAUGAUUACGAUAACUCUCAAAGCUUGUUUACUCUGGAUUCAUGGGUACACCAAUUCAAACAACAAAACAAAAGCAUCAAUUUUUUCGGAGAUGAUACAUGGCUAAAGUUGUUUCCGGGACAAUUUGCUGAAUUUGAAGGUACAAAUUCUUUCUUUGUUAGCGAUUUCACAGAGGUUGAUAAUAAUGUUACGCGCCAUUUGGAUCUUCAAUUGAAACCAAACAAUAAUUGGCAUGGCUUAAUCUUACACUACUUGGGCUUGGAUCACAUAGGGCAUAAGGGUGGUCCUGAUUCUGUUUAUAUGAAACCCAAACAAAAGGAAAUGGACGCAAUAGUGAAGAGACUAUAUCAAUUUAUCGAAGAAAAAGAGAAUAAUGACACAUUACUCAUCUUGAUGGGUGAUCAUGGAAUGAACGAAAUUGGAAACCAUGGUGGUUCCUCUUUGGGAGAAACAUCCGCAGCAUUGACAGUGAUUUCGCCAAAACUUGAGAUGAAGAUGAAUAAAUACUCUUCAACAUCACCACAUCCACCACCACAAACUAUCCAGAGCUCAAAAUAUUCCUACUACAAUGAUAUACUUCAAAUCGAUCUAGUACCCACAAUGGCAUGUCUCUUGAAUUUCCCAAUUCCCAAAAACUCACUUGGUGUGAUUCCAAAACAGGUGGUGGAAUUAUGGACAGAGGAGAAGAGACGCUCUAUUUUGUUACAAAACUGUUAUCAAAUAAUGGAGCUUUAUAUUGCUAAAAAUGGAAAGAAGGGGGCGUUGUGGUCUACUUUUCUCGACUUGAAGAGCAAAGUUCUUCCGCUAGAUGCUUAUUACGCCUUUUUGCAUGAUGUACAACAUGAAUUGGCUUCUUCAGCAACUGAGUAUAAUUAUAACGAAAUGUACUUGGGGGUGUUUUUGGUAUCGCUUUCAGCGAUUAUUACCAUUAUAAUAUUUAAUGCUUAUUUUCUUCGUUUCUCCCAUGCCAACUUUGCAAAAGUUGUGUUAUUUCAAGUGUUUACAUUUUUGUAUGCGAUUCAUUUCCAUGGGUCUUCAUUCAUAGAGGAAGAGCACCAAAUUUGGAACUUUGCAACAUCAUUGAUUUUGAUUUAUUGUGGACUAGCAUUUUUCAAUGUCUUUGAGAAAAGAAACAAGGUUUUUACAUUAUUGUUCUUGUUUACCAGUCUUCGAGUACUCAAGUCAUGGAAUACCGCUGGUCAAAAAUGGUUUUCCAAUAACAAUAUUUCAAACUACUUGCAAGAUAAUGUGGAGCUUCUCUGGGCCCUUAACUUUGCCACGUACUUUGCUUGUACUGUACUCACUUAUAUUCAGGAUAGAUAUGGCAUAGGCUAUGCGCUUCCUGAGAGCAUACAUUUGCUAGACACCAAGGACUUGGGCUCGUUCCUUUCAUUUACGAUGAUAUUUGUUGCUACAUCUCUAUCCUUUAUUUUCAAAAUGGUUCAGUUUUACGUUGAUGGAAGGUCGCUCCCAAAAAUAUUAAGUUGGCCCUUAAACUGGGCUCUAGUCAAUUUUGGCGUAGAAUUAAAUGAAUACAGUGCUGCUGCCACUGAUCCUACCAGCAAGUUUCUUUUGCAAAAAGCUAGUGUGCUGCUUUCAAAAUUAAGCGUGAACACGUUAUUUGGAGGAUUGAUUAUUCGAUUAAUCAUUGGCAGAUUGAGAGGUAGGAGAGUGGGAAGAAUUACAGACAUAACAAACGCGGUUACAAUCUACUUGCUUCAUCAAACCGAUUGCAGUAACAUUCCUAUCUUUUUGGUCCUUAUGAUUGCAAAGUUUUUAUUGUCAAAGCUAGUUGUUCAAAAGACCUCUAAUAUCGACGAUUACGUACUUGUGAUUACUUCAUUAACGCUUUUCCUACAAAACUCGACGUUUUUUUCAAUGGGCAACACAAACUCGUUAGCCACAGUGGAUUUAUCCAAUGCAUAUAAUGGUAUCGAAUCAUACAAUAUCUUCUUGGUUGGUUUACAAACAUUCACAUCAAAUUUUGCCGGUCCUAUCUUUUGGUCACUUUCGGCCUUGCAGUUGAUCUUUGAGCCAAGUAUCGUGUCUUGCAGUAAACGCAAAAGCAAGUCGGUAGAAUUGAUAGAUUAUCCAAAGUUAACGACCACAAUAAUCUUGGUCAAAUCACUAAUCCUGUUGUUGUUUUACUCCAUUUCCGCUGUGGGUCUAAUCGUUUCGUGUAUAAACUUGAGAUUUCAUUUAUUUAUUUGGACAGUUUUUUCGCCAAAGUUGCUAUUUUUUGGAAGCUGGCUUGUAUUUGUCAAUUUUUUAGUGGAUAUAGUAUCCGCCAUGGUCAUUGUCUCCGUAUAA